AUGUCUUUCAUUAUCAAUCUAAAAACGGUCAGUUGUGAUUUACAACCAUGCUUUGAUUACAUAAUUGGAAAGAAACUUUCGACCACCCCUAUUAAAGUUCUAUCCAAUAUAAGCCUGGAAACCUGUUUGAGUCAGUGUAAAAGUCUUGCUGAUUGUCUUUCUACAAAUUAUCAUCGGCAUGAGUUUAUAUAUCAGCUAAUUAAUCGAAAAAAGAACAACAAUGAAGCCCUCUUAGAUGACUGGGAUUAUAUUCACAAGGAGUUGCCAGACAUUGCUCAUCAAACUGAAAAGAUAUGUGGUGUAAUUGUAUGCAACAAUUAUUCAUCGUGUUUACAUACCUCCACUGGAAAAGAUGUAUGUAUUGCAACUGAUUGUUCCGAACCUCUUCUCACAUUGAAAAACGGCAUUGUGACGAGUCGGACUAAUUCUCCCAUAUCAGCUUCUUAUGGUUGUAUCCCUGGGUAUACGGGUGUGGGCUCUAAGAAUACUAUUUUUUGUCCACCAGGGGGAAAAUGGACACCUUUAUACUACAGAUGUGAGCGCCCAGGUAUGGACCAUUGA